AAUAUUUUUUUUUAUGCCAUAUAAUAUUUUGAGUCCAAAAACCUUAUCAUUACUCUCUGCUUCAAGUUACUGCAACUCUUGUCUUGUUCUUCGCCAUUAGAGUCCAAUACUAGCUUUUUUUUCUUCUAAUGUGUGAACACUCUUCACGCUUUCAGUACUAUUUCUUCUCCUUAAACUCUGCUUCCGUUACACUUGUAAUCCAUGCAAAAAUUCCCCCCACCUCUUUCUAACUCUUACCUUCCCAACAUUCAACCUCCAUUUACAGAUGUUUAUGAUUAAUCGGUUCUUGCCUUUUUAAGGACUUGGAGGUAGGGGAGAUUCAUUCAGUCAUCAAUGGAUUACAUGAAGCUUCAAUUUCUGAUACUCGUUUGUUUUUUUCUCUUCAUUGUUCCGGCGAGUUCAUCGCCUCGGGAUAUCGCUAUUUUACUCCGGGUUAAGUCCGGCCAACUCGAUGACCCGAAUGGGUUGCUUGAUGAUUGGAACGGGUCUGCUCCAAAUGCGCCUUGCAGCUGGAACGGGAUUAAGUGUGAUCGGAAAACCGGUCAGGUUGUGUCCAUUGAUUUUGCAAGUUUUGGAAUCGCUGGUCGUUUUCCUGCUGAUUUCUGCCGGAUUUCGACUUUGCAGAAACUCAAUCUGGGUGAUAACAGUUUUGGUGAGUCCAUUUCCUCUGACUCAUGGUCACUCUGUUCGCAUCUACACUUUUUGAAUAUUUCUUUAAAUUUCUUUGUUGGCCGGCUGCCGGAGUUUAUUACCAAGUUCGAUAACUUGACCAUCCUUGAUGUUAAUUCAAACAAUUUCUCCGGUGAAGUUCCGGCGAGUUUAGGCCGUUUACCAAAAUUACAAGUGCUGAAUAUAGCUAACAAUCUCCUCAAUGGUUCAAUUCCUGAGUUCUUGACGAAUCUUACCGAGUUGACUCGAUUGGAAAUUGCUGCAAAUCCGUUUCAGCCAGGUCCAUUGCCUUCCUCAAUCGGCCGACUCGGUAAGCUUCGAAUUUUCUAUGCUCGGUAUGCGAACCUUAUUGGAAAUUUUCCAGAUUCUAUCAAAGACCUGAAAUCUAUUCAGAAUUUUGAUGUGGCAAACAACAAUCUCUCCGGAAAAAUUCCAGAAAGCUUCGGAGAACUCAAAACCAUACAACAAAUAGAGCUCUUUGGAAACCAUUUUUCAGGCGAAUUGCCGGACAUGUUUUCCGGUCUUGGUUCUCUUUCCAGGUUUGACGCUUCUGAGAACAAUCUCACCGGGAAAAUACCUGAAACCCUUGCCCAUUUGCCAUUGGAAUCUCUAAAUCUCAAUGAUAACCAAUUAGAAGGCGAAAUUUCAGAAAAUUUAGCUCUUAACCCAAAUCUUAGUCAGUUCAAGCUUUUUAACAACAGAUUUUCAGGUACUUUACCUCAAAAUUUUGGUUUAAGUUCAGAUUUAGAUGAGUUUGAUGUCUCCGGCAACAAUCUAAAAGGUUCUUUACCUCCCAACCUAUGUUCUAGAAAGAAACUUAGGAUUUUGAACCUGUUUGAUAAUAAGUUCAAUGGGCCAAUCCCAGAAUCCUAUGGGCAGUGUUAUUCACUAUCAUAUGUGCGUAUCUAUAACAAUCAAUUCUCUGGUGAAUUACCAACUGGUUUCUGGGGAUUUGAUGGAUACACAUUUCUUGAACUGCGAAACAACAACUUUCAAGGUUCAAUUCCAGCUUCAAUCUCCAAUGCUCGAGGCCUGACACAAAUUCUUAUCUCCGGCAACAAGUUCUCCGGGGAAUUGCCAGCAGAACUAUGCAAUUUGGAAGAGGUUGUGAUCAUGGACAUUAGCAAGAAUCAAUUAUCAGGGGAGUUGCCUUCGUGUAUCACAAGAUUGAAAACAUUACAGAAGCUUGAUCUUUCACAAAAUAGGAUCAAGGGUCAAAUUCCCAAAUCAGUUAGUUCUUGGAAUGACCUGACUGAAUUGAAUUUAGCUAACAAUCAAUUGACAGGUGAAAUUCCUGGUGAGCUUGGGACGUUACCGGUCUUAACCUACUUAGACCUUGCCACAAACUUGCUUUCUGGCGAAAUUCCAUCUGAGCUGAGCAAACUCAAGCUCAACAAAUUCAAUGUAUCAAAUAACAGGCUGGAAGGGAAAGUUCCACUUGGGUUUGAUAACGAUUUUUUCGUCUCAGGUUUACUGGGCAAUCCGGAUCUUUGUAGUCCGGAUCUUAAGCCUCUGCCCCAAUGCCGAAGACCCAAAAGUGUAAGCUUGUACUUGGUGUGUAUUUUAUCAGCUUUUGCCUUCAUACUUGUCGGGUCACUUGUUUGUGUCUUACUCAAGGCCAGUAAGCUGCUACCAAUCCGUAGCAAGCGUAAAAGUGUGUGGAGAAUUACUGCAUUCCAACGCGUCGGUUUCACAGAGAGAGAUGUGUUAGAUGCACUGAUAGAGGAAAAUCUCAUUGGAGCUGGUGGGUCGGGUCGUGUGUACCGGGUCAAAUUGAAAAACGGACAGAUGGUAGCAGUGAAGAAACUUUGGGCGGCUAAACGGGAAAGAGAAUCCGAGGAGGUGUUCAGGUCUGAGGUGGAGACAUUAGGGAGAGUCCGGCAUGGAAACAUAGUCAAAUUACUAUACACUGGCAUUGGUGAUGACUUUAGGAUAUUGGUGUACGAAUACAUGGAAAAUGGAAGCUUAGGAGAUGUAUUACAUGGGGAAAAAGGUGGCUUGUUAUUGGAUUGGCCGAGGAGAUUUGCCAUAGCAGUUGGAGCAGCUCACGGAUUGGCCUAUUUGCACCAUGAUUCUGUGCCAGCAAUAGUGCACAGAGAUGUUAAGUCUAAUAACAUUUUGUUGGACGAGGAUUUCAGGCCCAAAGUGGCUGAUUUUGGGCUAGCUAAGGCAAUGCAACGGGAUGCUGAGGAGAGUGAACAAGCCAUGUCCCACAUUGCUGGUUCCUACGGCUACAUUGCACCUGAAUAUGCAUACACUCUGAAGAUCACUGAGAAGAGUGAUGUUUAUAGCUUUGGUGUGGUACUGUUGGAACUAAUAACUGGUAAAAGGCCUAAUGACUCCUCUUUCGGAGAGAACAAGGACAUUGUCAAGUGGGUGUUAGAGGUUGCAACAUCGUCUAAGAAAGAUGAAGGAACUGGCCAUAUUGUUACGUGCGCAAGUGGUAUUCUUGAUUUGAACCAGCUAGUUGACCAGAGAAUGAAUCCAUCUGCAAGCAAUUAUUCAGAGAUUAAAAAUGUUUUCGAUGUGGCUUUGCUUUGCACUUCAGCAUUGCCUAUUAAUAGGCCCUCCAUGAGAAGAGUUGUUGAGUUGCUGAAGGUUAUCCCCUCUGCUCGCUCUAAAACAACCCAUUAGCUUUUCACAGUUUCAACAUGUCCUUGCUCAAGUAACUUGAUACUAUUGUAAACUGUAAAAGAAUGUGUGAAAUUAGGUGUGUUUAGGUCUGCUUCAUAGGUCGAUUUAGUUUGCUUGCUGUGGUUUAACAAGUACCUUGUUAGAUACUCCAGUACUACACAGAGUAGCUUAACUAAAAGUUUGCUGACCCUGUAAAACUCAUGUUGUAACGACUAAACCUUAAGAGUUUUUGUUGCAAUAUAUGAACUUUACUAUCAUAUACAA